UAAGUAUAUUCUAAUUAGAUUAGAUCAAAAUGGAUUUGGAGAAAGAAAGAAAAAUAUAAACACAAAACCUUACAUUGUAAAACUUUACUGACUUUUCUAUUCAUUUUCAUUUGCUUCUUUUCAGCAUCUCUCAUCAACAUAUAAAUUCAUAUUAUUCUAUUUCUCUCUUCAAUCUUCUUCUGGGUACUCUUGAUUACUUUCCAAAAUUUAUCAGUUUUGAUAUAUGCUUGUUCUUCUAUCUCGCCGUUGACCUAGAAUUAAUUCAGCUCGAUUCUCUUUAAUCCUGACCAGAGGAAGGGAGAUGCUGCAUGCUGACAGGAACUUGGUUUUUAGUCUCUCCUAUCAUUGAAACUUCACACUGAAAGUGGCUAUGAUAAAGUUCUCUAUGGAGGAGGUGGAACUGUAUACCAACUGGGAUAAUGUGAUUUGUCCCAUUUGCUUGGACUUCCCUCACAAUGGUGUUCUCCUCCAGUGCUCAUCUUAUGAGAAGGGUUGCAGGCCCUUUUUGUGUGACACAGAUCAUUUGCACUCCAACUGUCUAGAACGCUUCAAACAAGCACAUCAGAUGAUAGUUGGGUCACAAUUACUUUCAACAUCCAACGAGAGAGAAGAUAUGAUAAAAUCGGAAGCCAACAAUUGGCCUGCCUGCCCCUUGUGUAGGGGAGAAGUUACUGGAUGGGUUGUUGUUGAGAAGGCUCGCAUACAUCUCGAUGUCAAGGAACGCUGUUGUGAAGAGGAUAAAUGUCGAUUUACGGGCACCUAUUUCGAACUUCACAAACAUGCUAAACUUGCCCACCCUCAUGCAUGUCCCGCGAAGAUAGAUCCUGCUCGACAGGUUGACUGGGAAAAUUUUCAGCAGUCCUCUGAAAUAAUAGAUGUCUUGAGUACUAUUCAUGCAGAAGUUCCCCGAGGGGUUGUUUUAGGUGAUUAUGUGAUUGAAUAUGGAAAUGAUAAUUCUGAAGAUGAUUUUGAGGACUUCCCUUCAGCGCAGGGGAACUGGUGGACAUCAUGUAUCUUGUAUCAGGUAUUUAAUAACUUUAGGACGUCUAGAAACAGAAGAAGAUCUAGAGUAAGUAAUACAAGAAGAGGAAACCGCCAUUUGGGUUAUGAUGCUUCUAACUCUGACGAGAGUUCUGUGACAUCUGUAGAAUAUGUAGAUUAUGGGGUUGACGAGACUGAUGAUGAGCUUGUAAGUGCUGCUGGCCUCUCAGGGAGAAGAGCUGAUAGUCGCAGGAUUAAUAAGGAUCCAUUGGAAAGACUGAAGUGUAUCUUCAUUUGCUCGAAAACUAGCAUCAUUCAAAGAAGUGUUCCCAAGUAUUCCUGCUGGAGUAGUGGCUAUGGAGUGAAGAGGGAAAGGUUAAAAAAACUUGUUCAUGUAGUUAUGGUGCAAACGGUUGUAAGCUUGAUGCUUGCUCAUGAUAAACUGAAGGCUUCAUAGAUAGUCUUUUGGACAUUUUAACUUCUGUGUUAGUGACCUUUUGAAUCAGUUUAUCAUAAUCUUUUUGCAGACUGCCAAUUGCUUUAGAUUCUUCAGGAGUUUCUAAAAAACGGUAAAUAGUACCCUCCAAUAAUUAUCUGUUUUUUCUUCAAUCCAAUAAUGAUUUGUUGAUAGUA